GAGCUCUAAGUGUCUCCAGUUCGAUGACAUUGUUGGGGCGCGUCCUGACAAAAUGCGCAAAAAUUUCGGGAUUCAUCAUCCAAAGCACCGCCAUCGCGUACUGUGUUGUCGAGUUUUGUGGUGGCCUUGUGAUCAGGUGCAGGCGAGCUGAACAGGAUAAAAAAAUAAUAAUCCCUGGAGAAGGGGGACAAAGGAGAAACAGCUGGGUGACUGGUGCAUGCUGAAAAAAUCCACCUGGUCCAGGUAUUGAACCAGGGACCUCUCCUUUUCCAGCUGAGCGCUCUACCAACAGUUUGCAGCGGUUCCUCCAUGGAGCCCACCAUCCAAAAUAACGACAUUAUCUUGACGGAGCAGGUCUCCGUGCACAUGCAUAACAUUCGAAGGGGGGACAUCAUAGUGGCCAAGUGCCCGACCAACCCCAGGCAGUACAUCUGCAAGAGGGUGGUGGCCGUGUACGGAGACGACCCGGUCUCCGUCUUCUCGAUGCGUAAGAUCCCCAGGGGCCACGUGUGGCUGGAAGGGGACAACAAGGGCAACUCCACGGACUCGAGGGUCUAUGGCCCGGUGCCUCUGGGGCUCGUCAGGGGCAGGGCGGUGUGCAGGGUCUGGCCCUACCACAGGGCCACCUUCUUUGGAGCAGAAAGGUCCUGAGACACACACAUCUGCCCAACUUUUUAUUGACCCAGCAGCCGAGACAGCUUCACUGCGGUGGUCCACGCCCUCGGCCAAAGCCUCCCCUCUGCAAACAAAAGAGCGCGCUCAGCAGGCCGCCGAGCUAAUGAACCCAGUGGUGCACCAGGUUUCCUCGUGACCGAGCUACUCGCCUGCAAUGCGGACUAUGAAUAAAGGACGACAACCAACCAAAUACCAA